CGCGCCUGAAUCAAAACCGCAACAAAAAGCACAUUCAAUUAAAACGCAUUUUUUGUUCUUAUUUGUUAAAAUAAAUACAAAAAAGGGUGUAUAUAUGUUUUUUUUCAUCCAUCCAGUGCUGGGCAUCGGUACAAAUGCGCGUGCCAAUCUCGCGCCCCAUGCGCGUUCUGGCUUGAAGAGAGAGAACACUUAGUUCGUUUGAGUCCGGCUGUGCGUACAGGAGGCGGAACCGAACACUUCACAUCCCACUUUUGAGAGGAUUACUAGGACAAUCCGGUGGGAGACACACAUGACAGUGAGACAGGCGGGAGGAAAGGCGGUGAGACGAGCAGCGGGACAGACAGAGGAAGAGGAGGCAGCGCAGACCGGCGUCGAGACGUUUGGAGUUGCUCCCUGGAGAGACUGGCACCUCGCGGACCCCCAGCAGAAGAUCAAAGGCAUCUCCGUUUGCAUCUUCCAGCACUAACGUGAGCAGCUAUGAGCGAGGACAAACCGGCUGAGAGCGUGGACUCCCCCCCAGCGGAGGUGAACGCCAUCCCAAACGGGAAGGGCCACGAGGGCGGGGAGGAGAUCACCAAAACCCCGCCUGCAGAGGACUGUGAAAAUGCUUGUAAGGAAACUGUAGCCAAUAGUGCCCAGAGCGCUAGUCCUCACAGAACCGAGAACGCAGACCCCAACCUUCCGGAGAGCCAGGAGUUCUUAUCAGGGGCUGAUGACAAGAAGACGACGCGCUUUACAGACUUUGAAGGGAAAACCUCAUUUGGGAUGUCUGUCUUCAACUUGGGUAACGCAAUCAUGGGAAGUGGAAUUCUAGGACUGGCAUAUGCGAUGGCCAACACAGGAGUCGUCUUGUUUCUGGUCCUCCUGACAGUGGUAGCAGUCCUUUCGUCAUAUUCCAUCCAUUUACUGCUAAAGUCAUCUGGUAUUGUAGGUAUUCGUGCAUACGAGCAGCUCGGCUACAGGGCUUUUGGGACACCAGGGAAAAUGGCGGCUGGGAUUGCAAUCACGCUGCAGAACAUAGGAGCCAUGUCUAGUUACCUUUACAUAGUCAAGUAUGAGUUUCCUUUGGUCAUCCAGGCAUUCCUGAAGGUGGACAAACCUGCUGGAGAAUGGUACCUGAAUGGAAACUACCUGGUCAUCAUCGUCUCUGUGGCAGUCAUUUUACCUCUGGCUCUCAUGAAACAACUGGGAUAUCUGGGAUACACCAGUGGCUUCUCCCUCAGCUGCAUGGUUUUCUUCCUUGUUUCUGUCAUCUACAAGAAGUUCAAUGUCCCCUGUCCCUUCGUGGACUUUGCAUUUAACAGCACCGCCAGUGAGACGAAUGUGAGCGCCAUCGACUCCGGCGGGGAGACCGAUCCCUCCUGUAUCCCCAAGAUGGCGAACCUCAACUCCCAAACGGCCUACACCAUCCCCAUCCUGGCGUUCGCCUUUGUGUGCCACCCCGAGGUCCUGCCCAUCUACACAGAGUUGCGCAACGCCACAAAGAAAAAGAUGCAGCAUGUGGCCAACAUCUCCAUUGCGGUCAUGUACAUCAUGUACUUCCUGGCUGCUCUUUUUGGAUACUUGACAUUCUACGGUGAAGUGGAGGCGGAGCUGCUUCACACCUACAGCCGCAUCGACCCCUACGACACCCUGAUUCUAUGCGUGCGUGUGGCUGUGCUCACUGCCGUUACACUAACCGUACCGAUCGUGCUCUUCCCCGUACGGAGAGCGAUCCAACAGAUGAUGUUUCCCAACAAAACCUUCAACUGGCCUCGCCACAUCGCCAUCGCCUUCAGUCUUCUCACCUUCAUCAACCUUUUGGUCAUCUUUGCCCCCAACAUCCUGGGCAUUUUUGGGGUCAUUGGUGCCACCUCUGCCCCCUGUCUCAUCUUCAUAUUUCCUGCCAUCUUCUACAUUCGUAUUGUACCCAAAGAAGAGGAGCCUCUGCGGUCUGUUCCCAAGAUCCUGGCGGCCUGUUUUGCCGGGAUCGGCUUCUUGUUUAUGAUAAUGAGCCUCAGCUUUAUCAUCAUGGACUGGACCUCUGGCACCAGUAAAGCCAGCAGUGGUCACUAAGCACCUUGAAUUCUCUGUUCAGGUUUCAUACUUUCGACUUUGAUUCGUGUUUUUCAUGUUUUCGUUUCCACUCGUCCCUGCCCGGUCCGUUUCAUUAGAGAUCGUCGGCCUUGGAGACUGAACUCCUAGAGGCUCGAUCCUGUCGUGUACUUUGAGAUCCUGGCUAAUGAAGUUUCUUGGGAGUUCAGUCAGAGGCCAGUUGUGUUAGGAUUGAUGGUGACAGUCUAAGGUUGUGCCUUGUGAUUUAAAACCCAAAAGCAACAAUGUAGAAACCUUGAAUCCACCCGUGGUAAACAUGUGGCCCCUGUCACUGUUUGUGCUGUCGUAGUGAAAGACUGAUUCACACCAUGAGGCCCUGUCCUGUUAACCAAUGAAUGAAAUGUCUUCAUUUUUGUAUCUGUAUAACUACCUUAUCCCACUCUGUUAAGCUGCUGAAGAAAGUGCUUCUAAAAGUUACUGUGCAGGUGUGAGGACAAGUUUAGCACUUUGGGUGCAAAGAAUUAUUUGCUUUAUGGCUUCAAGAUUGAUUCAAGACUGAUGUCUGUCCUUACAUUUAUGGCCCUUUGUUUUUGUUUGGAAGACUCAAAGUUGACCUUUUUUUUUAUUAUGCUGCUGCUGUUUGUUUUCUAUCGUGGAGGUUUCAACAUUCCCACCUCUGGUUAAACAGGGUAUGAGCACAGUUUUUAAAUGGGUUCAAACAAGAUAUGCCUUCAAAUAAAAAAAAAUCAGAGCUCGUGGAAAACCUCCGAUGAUGCAGUACUAGCUAACUCCAACUUCAUGCUAACUGUGCUAAAACAAGUUCAAGAAUCUAAUGCCUCGUUUCCACUGAGCGGUACAGACCAGACCGGUCCCCUGUUGGCCGGUUUAGAACAGUCAAAUGAGCGUUGGACCAUCAAAGCGCCUGUGGAGUGUAGACCGAUGACGUAGCUGCGACUACAGCGAAAGAGAAGCUCGGAAAUAGUGGGAAAAUGAAAAAGAUAACCGUGGAGGAUCAUUAAAAUCCAGAUCAGGUGUUUAUUCUGAAUGAAGCCGGCCUCGACACUGCAGAACAGUCUAUUGUUCUGAAUUAGAAAGAAAAAAAUACUCUUUACGUUUUUAAUAAAUGUUAACAAAGCACAAUCGGAAGCGUUUUUGAUGAGUAUGGAUCGGUAACGGACAUUAUUCGGCUGCGGGGGUUGGGUAAGACAGAAACGGGGGAUGGGGUGUUUCCAGUCCCCAUCCCCCGCGAAUAAGGGGAAUACGGUAGAGAAUUUAGUAAUCUUUGCAAGAAGAUUGUGGGGGAGGGGCAAGAAAAAUCCAGACGAAAAGAGGAGUCUGGAUCUUGAGUCGCUGGUCGGACGGAAAACCUUUCCACCAAUCAGUGGGUUACAUCCUGUGACGACAGAAGCUCCGCCCUAAUGUGUCCAUUCCAUUUUUCUAUGGACCUAUGACCAAUGGAGGACCAGAAACGUACAAGUCUGUCCAUUUUGUAAUGGAAACGCUCAAAAGUCCGGUCCAGUCCGGUCUGGACCGCUCAGUAAAACGAGGCACGAGAGCCAAGUUUCAGUCUGAAGAGCGUGAAAGCUAUGUAGAGAAAUGGUACUGAAAAAGUGUGAAGCAGAAGAAAGUCUCUGAUCAUCGUUUCUUACUACCGAGGCAUUUCUUCUUCUUUUUUUUUUUCUCUGACAGAGUAGGAGAAAACCAAAACAUGUAAAAAGCAACAACAACAACAGGGUGACUUCUUGAGGUGGUUGGUAUCCGUUUGUUGGUUGUGAAUAUUUGUAACUGGAGCACAAGCUUAAACCCUAAUAAUAGUGACAUGGAUAUGAAAUGUAAAUCUCUUUAACAAUCAGCUUCUGAGUGGUUAGCAUUAGCACUUUGUUCCUUUGACAAGCACAACACGAGUGUUAUUGAGGUAACAUGUGAGCAUAUUCAAUAGCACACCUUCAAUUAGAAGUCAUUGAUUACAAACUUUUUUUUUUUUUUUAGAAAAGUAUUGGUAGUUGUCAAAGAUGCCCUUAGCAAAAAGUAAGUCAGGGGUUCUCAAAGUUUUUGUGGCGGAGGGCCGAAUUAAGAACUCGACAUUAGACUGGGGGCCAAUUUUGGUGAAAAAAAAUAGAUAAACAACAAAAAAAAAUACUGUUUGAAAUAACUUUAAUGACCAACUGUCAUUUGUACGGUUAACACAACAUCAGAACAAACUGACAGUGACGUCAGACUUCUGAAACUUGCAUGGUUUGACCAAUCACAAAAUUCAACUGUAAUACAUCAUUCCACCCUGUAGGGGGCAGCACACAGACAAAUUUUGACCAUAGUUUUAAGAAUUAAGCGGUUUUAUUUCAAUUUGUAAAAAAUUUGCCUAUGACCAACAGACAGCACUUUUAAAGCCCAAUUUAUAGAUGUCAACAGCCAAAAAGGUUAAUUUAGGGUUCAGUUAACCUUUAAGUUUUGAAACUGAAGUUUUCAGAUUUAAAAAGGGAAAAAAAUUUAAAGUGAAAAAAAGUUUUUACAUUUUGAAUUUUGAAACCUAAAAAAUUGAACAUUUGAAGCUGAAAACAAUUUAAGUUUAUUUUAGAGUAUCAAAAAGUUUUUGGCUUCCAAUUUCAUCAAUUUCAAAUUUGUUAUAUUUGGAUUUUAGAUAAUAUUGGCCUCAAUUUAGCUCCAUACAUUUGUCUGCCCUCUAGUGGUAAAAUGAAUACACUGCACAAUUGACGCUUGGGUGUAAUUACCUUUCUCCCCUGUAGAUGUCGCCAGAAACCACAAAAGAAAAUUUAUUUUUUUCCAAGCAGUGUACAGGUAGUUAUGAUUUAAUGAGGCCCAAAAAAACUUUUAGAACCCCUGGUUUAAGUGUACAAGUAUACUUAGUAUGUACUAAAAGUGAGGAGUUAUACUUGUUUACUUUUUAUAUACUAUCCACAUAUUGUAAAAUUAUAUGUUCCAAUUUAGUCUGAAGAAGUAUUCAGUUAGUAUACUUCCUACACUACACAUACAUGGUCUAUAGUAUACUUGGCAUACUUAUACUCAAGAGUCCUUUAUAAAAUAAACUUCAAGUGUACUACUUUUUGCUGAGGGUGAAGUAUUUCUCUAAAAUGAGCUUUCCUGGGAGUUUUUGUGAUCAUCAGUAUGCAACUCUGGCCUCCUUAAAUACAGUAACUAAUUUAUUGGAUGUAAUGUUGGAACUUUUAUGUGUGUGUGAUGCCUAUGGAAACACAACUAAAAAACAUAAAACUAUGUAAGUAUUUUUUAUACAUUUGUGUUGUUUAACCCUGCGUAGGUGUAGUGUUGGUCAUCUGUCAUUGAUAGAUUAACUGCUGUUUAAACCUUGGAUGUUGAAAAUAAUUUGAGUGUGUUGAUUGGAUCAGUUGCAAGAAGAAGAUUAUUUGUUUUUUUUGUUUCUUCUGUUUGUCUUUUACACUCUGUAGUGAUAAAGGUCUUUGCACGUCCGUCUUCCCUGCUGCUUCUCAGCAGAUAGUAACCUGUUAACCUGGAGUUGUUAUUCGUGAGCUGGUGUACUGGACUGCAUUUGAUUCUUUUUGAAAUGAUAAACUCUACUACAUCAGA